CGGCGCUUCACAGCGUGCUGGGGCGGUCGGCCGAUCCAUCUAGUGGCAUCUUCGACUGAGUGAUGUUGUUGCAGUAUUCUAAAGGAGGAUUGUUUCUGCUACUUUUCCUGUGGCAAUUGAUUUCGAGAAACGCUGCUGAGAGCACGCCGUCGUCUUCUCCGGUGCCGAGCACGCCGAUCGAGGCGUGGUAUGGUGGGAGCGUGCUGCGUAUCAUGAGUAAUAUAAUCAAUCCUGGAGAGGAUAAUUUCCUUUACAUCGAUGUCCACGGAACGAGCAAUCGCUCGUAUGUGGGGUUGUAUUUGGACUACAUUUCGAUGGCCUCGGAACCUGAGGGGAGGAUAGUGUAUAACUGUGGAGCGGAGGCGGGAGAGCCUGAAGGACUGGUCGUAUUUCGUGAUGGAUUGCUGCAGUUCGCGAACCCGAAUGACUGUCAUUUCAAUGCAACCAAGAUGCUUAAGACGAUUCUCAACAGUGAUGACGAUGCACCGGAAGAUCUCGAAUUGGUGACGACGAAGCUUGACGGUCGAGAAGUGAUUGCCUUUAUACCGACGUUUGGUCGCUACGGCGAUGCGGACCUGCAAAUGCUCGCGAGGCGGAGCGGAGCGAAUUUGGUGCCUUGGUCGAGAGACGACAUUUGGUACUCCUCUCCGCAGCAUUCUACAGUUCAUGGCAUUUACUGUUCGAAUACAGCAGAGUCUAAUAUCAUCAUUGACAUGCCGUUUGAGUAUUAUCGGACGUAUGACCCGAUGGCGGUUACUGGGCCGCGGAUACCUCCGGUAGAGCUGAACAUGUCGUCUAAAGGAGGGUUGAUCGCAGAGUUGAGGUCGGAGGCGAUGAGCAAUCUCGACGCUGUGAAGAGGGUGGAGCUUCCGUCGAAAUUGAACUCCUCGGCCAGCACGAGUAGUGGUACGUAUGAUGAUUACUCCGUCCCGAGGACGAUCGUUGACUUUAGCGGUUUUCCACAGGCGGAAGCGACCAGUGGAGAAUAUGGCAGAUUCGAUUCUUUCCGAUGUUCUUACGAGAGUGCAUGGUCAUCACUGAUCGACUGCAGUUAUAGCUUCACAACCGACUCGCAAGCGUUCAGUAGGAUGACGCAGUUUUCGAGGACAACUUGUGAAGAUAUGGUUGGAAAUAACGUAUGGUCGCAUGCUGACCAAAGUUCGGAUCCUAGCAUGGGAUACCCCAAGAUCCUUAAAGCUGAUCCUGCUUACUAUUAUGACUACUGCGUCAAGGAGUUCGAAGAAGGGAAGCUACAGUGGCAGUUGACUAUGAGGCCGCUCGAAUGCAGGAAUUCUAAUUUCGGUGGAAAAUCGUCUGACUCAUACGUGGUGCUACGAGGUGUACCACACGUUGCUUGGUAUCUCUAUGGCACGUACGACACUUUGGAAGACUGUCAAACUGAUACCAAUUUUGAUGGAGAUCUUUAUUUCCAAGUUCAGUCGGACUGCAAUUCGAGACAGGGAAGUUGGGCGUGUAUGACUUUGGGCGCAUGCACUGUCGAAGUGGAGGCCACGGGUUCAUCAGGGUAUCAUUGGAUUGCGUAUUUGGUUAUCACUCUUGUUGCUUUAACGCUAGCAAUAUUCCUGGGCACGCGUGCAUAUAUUGUUCGUCACGGGUCUACUGCAGCAGGGGCUGCAGCCAAGGCUGAACCAAUGGGCGUGGACGGCGUGCUCAUACUCCCCUCUGGCUCCCAAGACAUCGAAUCGCCAUCUGUCGGAGAUACGCAGAGGCUCUCCCCUCGCACAGCGAAGAUUCGGGCGCGCGCGGGGAAUAGCGAGCUCCGCAGGAUGCCUACGGAAGAAUCCCACUUUGGUAUGCCGACGCAGAAAGUUGUGAAAGUCCUUGCAGCGGCAAAGGCUAGGAUGCAUCCAGAAGAACUGAGUUCGUCCGACAGCGCUCACAGCAGCGGCGAUGAAUCAGUUGAUAGUGAGAAGUCGGGAAGUGAUUCCGAUUCGUCUUGUGAUGGCCAUCAGUAUCAUAUGCCGAGGUGGCAUUUUGCUAGAAGCGAGAGCUCACAGAGUAGCCAGAUCCACUUGACAGAUCCUUCGUAUUUACCCAGAGGAGCCCUCGACAUUUCCAAGCGAAUCGUGGUGAAAAGGUAUGCCUACGUGUACGGUACAGCUAAUAGGUCAUACGUUGGCCUCUAUUUUGACUAUGUACAAAACGCAUCACAACCUGAGGGCAGGAUUGUGUAUAACUGCGGCACAGCCGCUGGCAGGCCCAAUGGUUUGGUUGAAUACCUACAUGGCUUGAUACAGUUCGUGAGUCCUAGUGACUGUCACUACGGAGCUACGCAGCUUUUGAAGUCUGUGGUGGCGAGGGAGAAGAACCCUCCUUUUGGGCUAGGGGUUCUCACUCAAUUCCAAGAAGGCAAGGAGGUUCUGGCGUUUCUGCCGACAUUUUCUAAAGACGGUUAUGAUGCGAAUUUGCAGUUUUUCGUGAAUAGCAUGCAGGCAGGCGCGCCGUGGGAGCGGAGCUCGCAGUGGUAUAGCAGCCCAGAGCACUCCACAACCCAUGGCAUCUACUGUUCUCAGAGUGAAUAUCUCAUGCUUGUCGAUGUCCCCUUUGGCCCGAUGGUGCCUCCUGUGAGGUUGAAUAUGACCACCCAAGGGGGACUGGUUGUUCAGCUGAAUUCUGAAUCGACCAACUCGUUGACCGCCUUGAAACGUGUCGACUUACCGCUCAACAAUGUCUCGGCGGAGUCCGUAGGAGGUGCCGGUAACAACGUCGCUGGAGCUUCCACUAUAGUGGACUUCGGAGGCUUUCCCUCUCCCUCAGCUAUGCCUGGCAAUGUGGCUGCGGUCUCGACGUUUGCCACACUACGAUGCCAGUAUGAGAGCGCGGUUUCCUCCUUGCUCGACUGCAGCUUCAGCUAUACGACCGAUUCGGAGCCGCUGAGCAGAGUGGCGCAGUUCUCUCGAAGUGCUUGUUCUGAUAUGAUCGGGAACAAUGUGUGGUCGCAUAUGGAACACUCUGAGGAUCUCAGUAUGGGCUACCCUGAAAUUUCAGAGGCUAGUUCGGGAUAUUAUGAUGACUACUGUUUGAAGGAGUUCGAAGACGGACGGCUCGUUUGGUCGAUGUCAAUGCUGCCGUUGGAAUGUCGGAACACCGAUCUCAAAGGGCAGGGCCAGGCGGCGUAUAUGGUGUUGCGAGGAGUUCCUAACGUGGCUUGGUAUCUGUAUGGUACAUAUCCUUCUGCUGGUGACUGUAACUCUAAUACGGACUGGGAUGGGAGCAUAUUUCAACAAGUGCAACAGGAUUGCAAUUCGAGAGAAGGAAGUUGGGUAUGUGUAGCACCGGGCGCUUGCACAAUUGAAGUAAAGCCAACACCACGCACUGACUUCACCUGGGUGGCCUACGUUGUUGUCAUCAUAGUGGUGGCGAUCGUAGCUGCGUCUUUGCUCAUCCGAGCAGUGUGUUCCCGAGACGGUCUCACUUCAGCUGGCGCUGUAUUAGAUGCCAAGUCCUCGGGAGGUGUGGUGACACUGUCUGGAGGUUCCAGCACUGAUUCUGUCAGUCAAGCUCGACUACGAAGGGAAACUCAGAGGCAAUCGAAUCCUGACAUGCAUUUCGACAUGCCAGCGGAGAAGGUAGCGAAAGUCGUGGCAGCUGCUAAGGCUAGGGUGCACGGCAAUGAUAGUUGUCGAAGCUUUGAUGCUAAUGAGAGUCCACUGAGCGAGGGCUCUGGCUUCAUGAGCACGCCGGUUUCUCGGCAUUCCUCAUCCGUUUUGGGAGAAGAAUCUUCUGAGACUCUCAAGCAACGAUACGUCCGCCAGAAAUUCACAAAUCCUCGUAGUGUGCCCAGGGGCGCACUUGACCCAUCACGACGGGUGGUGGUAAGGCGACGAUAACUGUUUGCGGAAGACUUCACUGUUUAGUGCAUGCAUGAACGACUUCCUCCAUUCUUGGGUAUCUGGGUGUGCGUAUCCUAUUCAUAACAUAAUCUUCGCUGCGCGUAAUUUCCUUCAAC